GGUCCUAGGAGAAUUCCCCAACCACAUCCGAAUACCAUUGAAUCCUACCCUUGCUACAUCCCCACAACAAGCCCUAGUGGCUUUUCGGACCAUUGAGCGGUUUCACUUCGAGCCUCGAGGCUGCUGGAUAGACUCUGGGGUCAACUGGAGACGCUAAUCACUUCUGAACGGCAUGCCGCCAUACUAGGCCUUCGCCGUUCGGAGAAGAAAGGCUCGAGCUAUGAGACGAUCACAUCACUCCAUCUUGGUGGCCCAACCAAAUCGGCAUGUAUACAUAGUGCCCAGUCCAUCAACAUGUUGGCUAGGCAGCGAUAUAUCCCUCAUCUUCUAUCUGGCAUAGUCAAGACAAUUUUGCGUUUGGGCACCUCUCCAGCAACAAUUUCUAUUACAUCACCUUACAAUCUUCUUGCCAUCGUCCCCAUCAUCACGGGCAAUGCGUGCAAGCUUGUACUUCCUGGCUGGAGCUGGUGGUCUCAUCGGGACCGCCACUUCCGAUCCUUGUUCUUGUGGUUUCUACGACCGUUCCACCGAUCAAAUAUUCACUGAUUCGAUCAUUGUUUAUUUCAACGAGACGCAAACCAUUCCAGAUGACGUGUUCCAAGCUCAGUCUUUCACACACAAGUCAGAGAAAGGGUGGAACAGUCUCUAUCGUCAAGGUGCUGUCAUUGAAAACAGCUUGAUAUCGAGCUCUUUGGAAGGACAACAGGCUUUGGAUCUCUUCGUGAGUCCAAGCACGAAGCAUCAUGUCGUAAAUGGCGGGGCUAUUGAAUCACGACGACAAGACAUCCUUCAUGGAACAUUUCGAGCUUCGAUCAGAGGCCCAGGACCCUGGACGGGUGGUUCUGCACUUUCCAUGAUGCUCCGAUUCAAUCAAACAAGCUCCAUGGAAAUUGACAUGUUAAACAACGACAACCCGGGGAAUGCCCGUAUAACCACUCUCGUCAACGGCGAGUACCCGUCACAAGAAUAUGGUCUGAACUACACGAUCUUGGAGAAAGGAUCCGACGUUAUGACAGCCGUCAACCCCUGGGAUUUCAUCCCCGUCCGCCUGGACUGGACAAAGGAACACGUCAACUUCACACUUGCGGCAAACCUUACACGCUCGAUUUCUUACAAGAAAGGGAGUUUUCCGACCGAGCCGCUGCCUCUGAGCUUCAAACACUGGUCCACUGGUGAUUCUCAAUGGAUGCAAGGACCUCCCAAGAAUCGCUCUGUUGCGAGUGUUGAGUGGGUCCGAGCAUUCUUCAACUCUUCUGCAACUACUGCCACACAACGACAAGAGUUCGAUGACCAGUGCAAUCUUUCUCUAGCAUGCGAUGUGAACGACAACACUCUGAGGACUUCCACCAAUUACACAUCAGCGUCGCUCAAGGCAUGGAAGGAGCCACCUAGGAAUGAGAAGUGGCAACUUCCUUCCGGAAUAGUCGCUGGUUCUUCCUCGUUCUUCGGCAUCGCUGCUCUUCUCAAUGUUCUGUUUCGAAGAAAGCCUUGGGAAAAGUUGUCAACCAAGAAACAGAGGUCUGACGCGCAAAAGCAACCCCCUGCCGCGAACAACAAUGGAAAGACAGACAUGGCUCGAUCCGUUUCUAGUUCAACUCUUGGUAGUGUAGGUGUAUCGAAGUCCAAGUGGGACUACAGAUGUACUACUGCCGAAGCAUCAUCGUCAAACGUCACUACACCAUGGGAAGCAAGGACACCUGCGCUCUCGAGAGCUCCGAGUACAGCUGAUUUCAUCGACGUGGCCUUGCUUCGGAAAAAGAUGGUCGAAGGUACUCCCUUGCAGUCUGAUACUACACUUCACCAGACCAAGCUCCGUCAAAGUCCUUCAACUGGCAGUGAUGGAUGGUCAAGCCACGCAAACACUCUUGUCUGCCCUACUCCGGAGAUCAACUUCAGCAAGCCCAUGAAAAGUCCAGAGACGAUUCGAGAGUCUGUAGAGAUUAAAGUACUCGACAGGAAGUCCCUCGAGUCCGACGAGAAGCUGAAAGAAGCUAUCGUCACAGCACAAGAGUUGCCUGUUCAGUCCGCACUCGACCGCACGAAAAGCCCUACGCUGCCACCUCGUACUACUGCACCUAAGCGUAUCGACUACCUUGCUGGACUUGUAGCCAUCUCAUGUAUCGGUGUUACUCUAAUUCACUUUACGCUCACUUUCAUCCCAUAUGCUGGUGGUCUUGGCUAUGGAAGGCAUUACAAGUCGGAGCUCUACUCGCGUUGGUCAGCCACACCUAUUCUUCUGAACCCCAUUUGGAUCGGUCCGUUCUUCACCACCUCGACCAGAUUCUUGGCUCAGAACUUCCUCCGUACUGGCAAUCUUGCCGAUGUUGCAAAGAAGAUGUUGCUCAGAGCACCUCGCAUGGUCAUACCCGCCAUAGUUGUUGCCGCACUCGAAUACUUCUUCAUCGAGCUCGGGCUGACUGCAAAACUGGAGUGGCUCCCUUCCAUCACGUGGUCUACAUGGCCGUGGGUGACAAACUACCCCAACUUCGGAUGGUUCAUGAAUGAGAUUCUAGAGCUCGGGUAUCUAAUCCCGAACAAAGCUCCCGGCAUCGUCAACCAUUACUGCGUCGGUGUGCUUUGGACCAUUCCCGUGCAACUGCAAUUCAGUUAUACCACACUGCUCGGUGCAAUCAUGGUCCGCGAAAUCAAAUCCCACUGGAAGCGGUUUUGCUUUUACUUCUGGUGCAUCUCGGUAAACUGGUACUCCAUGAACUGGGGCAGUUGUUUCUGGGUCGGUCUCCUCAUCGCCGACUUGAAUGUCACUUACAACUACGUAGCUUGGCUCCAAACUCGUCCCAGAUAUCUGUAUCCUUUCUUCCUCUUGCUCUGGGUAUUGAUCAUCCAAGGCCCUCUGUGGACAUUCCUCGAAGAUCGUGGCUUCUACACUCUGAUGACACGCGAACGCAACAUCCAUCCUAAUAUCGCUACCGGUGCACCUCAAGGUCAGGUCGACUCGAUGUAUCCGGCUUACUUCGAGCCUCGCCUCAACACCAUCCUCUUCGCCGGCGCCGUGCAAAUGAUGACGGAACUGAGCACUUCCUUCCAAUCCUUCCUCAGCCUGAAACUCUGGAUCAUACUUUUCCCACAUACGUUUACCAUCUACCUUGUCCAUGGCUUUGUAUUCUGGUCCUUUGGAGCUUGGCUCUGCGUUACUCUGGCAUCAUUGGAAAUCUUGCCGUACUGGAGUAUCUGUCUGAUACUGUUUGUGUGUUGUUACACCAUCAUCGGACUUGCUGCCAUGAUGAUCACGCCAUUCUCGGAAGGCGCAGCGAUGGCAUUGUGUCGUAAUCUUUGGCGAUGGGCGUCAGAGGAGCCGGUGCCGCAUAGAAGCACUUUGGCGCCUUUCAGAAAAGAUCUCUUCUUGAACAGACUUGGAGGGGAAAGUGGAAGGGAUGAAGAAGUAGCGGUUCAUGGGGUUGUAGAGGUGCUUGAUGAGAAGAACUUUGUGGCUGGUGGGGAGGAGCAAGAUGGUAAGGAUGGUAAGGGCGAAGAUGUUGAUGUCGAUGUUGGACCAUUUGAUGAUGCGAACGAAGUUGCUUCUUCGUCUUCUGGGUCUGUGAGGUCGAGGACGAAGUCGAUAUCUGCGGUGGAUCGGCAGUUCCUUGAUGAUGUUAUCACACCUGUCACUCGCAUCGUAGAUGGUCUGGGUAUAAGAGCCGAAGAGAAGAAGUAAAUACAUUCAUCCAUUUAGGCAGACAACACAUCAUAUGCAAACCCUCAAC